GAAGUUGAUAUUAUGGACAAUCAAGAUGGCGACGAAUUGUCGAAGGAAAAGAGAAUGUGAAAUAAAUUUUACAGAAUGAAGAUAGGUGUUAAAUAUAUAGAUUAUUGGUGAGGAGAAGAACCAUGCUGGGAAUAGUGAAAAGCCAUAUAAUUGUGUCAUGGUUGUUUUUUCUUUGGAGUGUUACAGUUCCACAUGAUGCGAUAGUGUAUGGCCAGAUUAUUACCACACCGACAUCAGAUAAUGCCAGUAGCAUCCCUGUCUCAUCCCCCACCCCAAGUCCAACCACCCCCAUAAUUCAAGUCACCACCGAAGCUGCCACCACCACAAAACCAGACCCCAAACCGGUGCCCCCACUCAAUAUUGUGUUUGGACAAGUGGGUAGGAAUGCUUCUGUGCCUUGCUUCAUUGAUGCCUUGGCGGUGUAUCCAGACAAGAUGCUCUCUACCACCUGGAAGAAGAACCGGAUGUUCAUCGUGAAUGCUGCCAUGGGCGAGGAUGGGAAGUUGUCGCUGUCGUACCUGGAUGAUGAGCUGAAGAAGAAAUACAAAGUGGAAGAGGAUUACAGUUUGGUGGUCACUGAGCUGGAAAUGAAGGACACGACUAACUUUACCUGCACUGUCAUCAAGUUUCAGACAGAUCAGCGUUUAGUGCACGAUGUCAUCUACACCAAUAUUACCUAUCUGCUGGUUCAAGAUGUGCCUUCCCCUCCAGGGCGUCCCAGUAUCUUAGAGAAAUCCUCCCGAACUGCCAAAAUCAGCUGGUCCCCCAGUCAAACUGACAACAACAGUCCCAUAAUGCACUAUUCUGUCAAUGUUAUGGACAGAACUAUGAUCAAUCAAGGCAGAUCUCACUUUUCUUCUAGACACAGAUGGAAUAAUAUGGGCGUCAAAGUGAAACAAGUUUCUGUUUUCACCAAUGAAAAUCCUUCUGCGGUGUUGACGGGUCUCCAUCCCUACACAGCUUACCAAAUCACAGUUUCUGCGGUAAACAAAAUAGGAACCAGUAUAGAAAGUCAACUUAGUGAUAUUUUCUACACUGACUCGGAAGCCCCUGAAGCCCCACCCCUCCAUUUAGUGGCCACAAGUAACUUCAGCAGUAGAAUCCAUCUCUCCUGGGACCCGCCACCCCUCAACAAGCACCAUGGUAACCUGGAGGGGUACAGAAUUCAGUACACAUCAGAGAGAGAUGGGAUCAAUAGUGUCAUUACACUGGAGGAUCCAAAGAAAACCAAAAUUACCCUCUUUGGCUUACAACCAUUUGAGGCAUAUGAGGUGUCUGUGUUAGCGUUUAACAAUAUCGGCGAGGGACCUGCCGUGAAAAAACUUAUCCGUACAGCAGAAGGAAUUCCAGGAAAACCGUUGAUGAUCCACACCAACACACAGCCCAUGUCCACAUCAUUUGUUGUCAAGUGGCUGGCUCCAGGCCAAGUUAAUGGACAUAUUAUGAGUUACGAACUCCGCUGGCAACACAACAAUAUCACCAAGACCAAAGUGAUCUCCAAAUAUCUGAAUAAUCCCAUGCUGGAGCAAGUCACCAACUUAAAGCCAUUUACCCAGUACCGAGUACAAGUAAGGGCAAUAACUGGUGGAGGGAAGGGAGAGUUCAGUGAUGUAUACCCAGUCUACACUGAUGUUGCUGGCCCAAGUUCACCAGAAGUGACCAACUUGACGGUUUUGGGAUCUCGCAGUAUUUAUAUAUCCUGGGAGCCACCUAAACAGUUCUACCGGACCAUUGACCACUACUACAUCCAGAUUAUAGAUACCUCUACAAACCACCAACAGAGGAGAGCGCUGGAAAAUAAUGAGAGGGAGACCAUAGUCACCGGUUUACCCACCAACACUGAGUUCACUCUAAAAAUAGCCGGCGUGACCAAAAGUCUACAUUCCAACAUGCACUACAUAGGAGAGUUCUCUAAACCCUGGACGUUCAGUCUCUCAGAGUUGUCAGAAGAUGAUGUGCCUUCCCCUCCAGGGCGUCCCAGUAUCUUAGAGAAAUCCUCCCGAACUGCCAAAAUCAGCUGGUCCCCCAGCCAAACUGACAACAACAGUCCCAUAAUGCACUAUUCUGUCAAUGUUAUGGACAGAACUAUGAUCAAUCAAGGCAGAUCUCACUUUUCUUCUAGACACAGAUGGAAUAAUAUGGGCGUCAAAGUGAAACAAGUUUCUGUUUUCACCAAUGAAAAUCCUUCUGCGGUGUUGACUGGUCUCCAUCCCUACACAGCUUACCAAAUCACAGUUUCUGCGGUAAACAAAAUAGGAACCAGUAUAGAAAGUCAACUUAGUGAUAUUUUCUACACUGACUCGGAAGCCCCUGAAGCCCCACCCCUCCAUUUAGUGGCCACAAGUAACUUCAGCAGUAGAAUCCAUCUCUCCUGGGACCCGCCACCCCUCAACAAGCACCAUGGUAACCUGGAGGGGUACAGAAUUCAGUACACAUCAGAGAGAGAUGGGAUCAAUAGGGUCAUUACACUGGAGGAUCCAAAGAAAACUAAAAUUACCCUCUUUGGCUUACAACCAUUUGAGGCAUAUGAGGUGUCUGUGUUAGCGUUUAACAAUAUCGGCGAGGGACCUGCCGUGAAAAAACUUAUCCGUACAGCAGAAGGAAUUCCAGGAAAACCGCUGAUGAUCCACACCAACACACAGCCCAUGUCCACAUCAUUUGUUGUCAAGUGGCUGGCUCCAGGCCAAGUUAAUGGACAUAUUAUGAGUUACGAACUCCGCUGGCAACACAACAAUAUCACCAAGACCAAAGUGAUCUCCAAAUAUCUGAAUAAUCCCAUGCUGGAGCAAGUCACCAACUUAAAGCCAUUUACCCAGUACCGAGUACAAGUAAGGGCAAUAACUGGUGGAGGGAAGGGAGAGUUCAGUGAUGUAUACCCAGUCUACACUGAUGUUGCUGGCCCAAGUUCACCAGAAGUGACCAACUUGACGGUUUUGGGAUCUCGCAGUAUUUAUAUAUCCUGGGAGCCACCUAAACAGUUCUACCGGACCAUUGACCACUACUACAUCCAGAUUAUAGAUACCUCUACAAACCACCAACAGAGGAGAGCGCUGGAAAAUAAUGAGAGGGAGACCAUAGUCACCGGUUUACCCACCAACACUGAGUUCACUCUAAAAAUAGCCGGCGUGACCAAAAGUCUACAUUCCAACAUGCACUACAUAGGAGAGUUCUCUAAACCCUGGACGUUCAGUCUCUCAGAGAAAACAAAAUCCAAUGACACUCUAAACAUGAUAUCAUUCACGUGAGCAUUACCGGAAACCAUCAAAUAACUUUUAAGAAAGCCAAUUCUAGUUGCAAAAUAGUUCAUGAUCAUCAUGUGCGUAAACUUUCUAUUUUUGUACUUUGUCGGUGAAUUAGGGGGUGUAGGACUACAAAUGUAAUAUAAAUUUCAUUUACUAGUAUUAUCGGCCGCCAGGAGGCGGUGGGAUAUACAUAUAUAUGAGUUGCUGUGGUAUUUUAUAUACAUUCAAUAAAGGUUUAUAAUAAGAUUA